UUUUAAUUAAAUUACGUCCUUUUUUUAAAGAAAAAAAAUUUUAAAAAAAGAAAAAAAAAAGAAGAGAAGAAAAAGAGAAUCUUCUCUUCAUACUGAGCUAUUCAACUAAAUUAUAUUUUCAUUUAUGUUACUCUGUGUAUAACAAUGAUCAUAAUGAUAUUGAUUAAGAAAUUAUUCCUAUUUGAAAAUGGAUCAUUUUUAAUGGAUGGUAACUCAUUUCUAUCAUAUUACUUAUAAUGAUGUUAUUAUCAUAGAUCUAUUUAACAUUCUAAUAUCUAUGCAAUAUAUAUUAAGGAGAUAUGUUCUUAUAUCAUUAUAAAUUAUUCUUUAGUAUAUUAUAUAUUCUAUUAUAUAAUUAUGAAUUGAUUUAUAUUACAUCAGUAAAUAAUCCUAUUGUAAUAACAUUUGUUAUUGAAGAGAAUCUCCCAAUUGGUUCUGAAGUUGGACGAAUCAACUUGGAACCAGAUCAUCAUAAUAAUAAUAAUAAUAAGACAAAUGAUUACAUAACAUUUACAUUACAAGAUACAACAUAUUUUAAUUUUGAUAAAAUUAUAUUUAAUAAAUUAAUUGUAUGUAAAUUAUUAGAUAGAGAUAUUGAUAGAAAAUUAUGUAGUGAAAGUGGUUGGCCAGAAAUAUGUGCAUGGUCUAGUGUUAUCUUUGUUAAUGAUGGUAGAUUAUUAAGUUUACGUAUUGUGAUACGUGAUAUUAAUGAUAAUAUACCGAAAUGGUUAACUAAAAAUAAUAUUGAUCAACCAUUAUUAGAAAUAUGGAUUAUAGAAAAUUCAUUAAUUGGUACUAUUAUUGAUUUACCAUUAGCAUAUGAUCCAGAUAUUGGUGAAAAUUCUAUUAUAAAAUAUGAACUAGCUAAUUCAGAUCAUCUUCAUCAUCAUCAUAAUAAUAAUACAUUAUCAUUAUUUCAAAUUGUGAAUUCACCUAGUCCAAAUGGACCAAUAUUUCAAAUGAUUAUCAAUGCUGCUGUUGAUGGUGGAGGAAAUCGUGGUUAUGCUAAAUUAAUUAUACAUGUUGCUGAUGAAAAUGAUAAUUCACCAAUUUUUCAACAUUGUAAUCAUAAAACUAAUAAUAAUAGUUAUAUAAAUAAAACAGAAUUAAUUAUUGGACAGUCAUGUGAAAUGAUUGUGAAUAUCGAUGAAGAUAUCCCAAUUGGUAGUAAAUUACCAAUAAAUCUUAUAGCAAAUGAUAUAGAUGAAGGAGAAUUUGGUCAUGUAACUUAUCGAUUUGCUUUAUCCGCUCCAGAUGUAGCAAGAAGAGAUUUUAAAAUUGAUCGUGAAACUGGUACAAUUCUUGUUCGAUCACCAUUAGAUUAUGAUACUGGUGGAUUAACACAAUAUCUAUUUAAUAUAGUGGCUGAAGAUGGUGGUCUACCACCAUUAACAGCAACAACACGUAUUAUUAUUAAUAUACAAGAUAAAAAUGAUAAUUCACCACAAAUUACAAUUACACCGGCAUUUUUACAAGAAGAUAAUUAUAAAUCAUUCAUAUAUCAACAAAAUACAACCAAAUUUACAAAUAUAGAUAUGAUGAAAUCAACAUUAUAUCUCAUUGAAAAUAAGUUACCUGGGGCAUUGAUUGCAACGAUUACAGUUUCUGAUCAAGAUUCUAAUGAAAAUGGUCAAUUCACAUGUCAAUUAGAUCAUACAGAUGAAUUAAAUUUAAUUUAUUUAAGAAAUUUAGGUAAAAUUAGUGUAUAUCAAUUAUGUUCAUUACGUUCAAUUGAUCGUGAAAUACAACCAGAAUUACGUGUUACAUUAAAAUGUGAAGAUAAUGGUAUUAAUAAUAAACAAAAAACAAUUGAAUUAUUAACUAUACAUAUAUUGGAUAUAAAUGAUAAUUCACCAAUGUAUACAAAUAAACGUUACAGUUUCAAGUAA